AGGCAUUGCUAUAGACUCAGAACAAUUGGCAUGCGGGAAUUGCCAUCAAAAAAUGCCUGAAAAAGCUGCGAAAGCUGAGGCUGCACCUCGACCUGUACCUCCAAAAGUAGUGAUCACACAACCAUCGUCUGCUGAACUAUUGCCGUCAUCGUUGACCGCAUCAAUCGACACACUUCCACCAGGCGAGAAAAAGAAAUGUUGUGUGAUACUGUAGCAAUAUACUGAAUGAUGUAUAUCUAUGAGAUUUUCUACUCC